AAGCAGCGGCGCGAUCCACAGUCACCCACCAGCGAAGCCUGGGCUCGGACCUGGCAGGCGCUUGCGCUUCUCUUUCUCCCUCAAGGAACUUGUCGACUUCGCGCCUCUCCCGCCCCCGCAGCGCAACUCCUUUCCCUCGGCGUCGCUUAGCCCGCCGCUGCUCCCUUUCUUUCUGCCCGAGCGGGAUCCCUUCAGCGGACGCAAAGGAAGCCUGGAAGAGGUUGGGGAGUUGGGGGGGGGGGGAGGCGGAUCGCGACCUCGCUCCCCGCCCGGGCUGUGCGCGAAGAGUUUGGGAGAGAGGCUCCCCUGCCGGCUCUCGGCACGCCCCCGCCGCGGCCAGACUAUUUGUAGGAGUCGCCCAGAGAGGAUCCCCGAGCAGUUGGGCGGCCGGAGAAAGGAAAUCCAGCCGCCUCCGGGAAGAAAGCGGGCUUUCGAAGCGGGAUGGGGGAGCAGAGGAUGAUGCCUCUGGGCUGCGGGCACGGCUGCGGGAAGAUGCUGCUGCUUCUGCCUCCGUCCACUCUGCUGCUUGCCCUGGCUGGGCUGCUGGCUUCCUGGGCGCCUCUGGCGCGGGGCGCGGCUUGCGAGCCGGUGCGCAUCCCUCUGUGCAAGUCUCUGCCCUGGAAUAUGACCAAGAUGCCCAACCACCUGCACCACAGCACGCAAGCCAACGCCAUCCUGGCCAUGGAGCAGUUCGAAGGCUUGCUGGGCAUCCACUGCAGCCCGGACCUGCUCUUCUUCCUCUGCGCCAUGUACGCGCCCAUCUGCACCCUCGACUUCCAGCACGAGCCCAUCAAGCCUUGCAAGUCAGUCUGCGAGAGGGCCCGGGCCGGUUGUGAACCGGUCCUCGUCAAGUACGGCCACGCCUGGCCGGAUAGCCUGGCCUGCGACGAGCUGCCGGUCUACGACCGAGGGGUCUGCAUUUCCCCUGAGGCGAUCGUCACAGCCGAAGGAUCCGAUUUCCCUAUGGAUUCUAAUAAUGGGAACUGUAGAGGCACCAAUGCCGAGCGCUGCAAAUGUAAGCCUAUAAAAGCUACCCAGAAGACCUACCUUCGGAACAAUUACAACUAUGUUAUUCGGGCUAAAGUUAAGGAGGUAAAGACCAAAUGUCACGACGUCACUGCGGUAGUCGAAGUAAAAGAAAUUCUAAAAUCUUCAUUGGUGAACAUUCCUAGGGACACGGUCAAUUUAUAUACAAACUCUGGCUGUCUUUGCCCACCACUUAAUGCUAACGAAGAAUAUAUCAUCAUGGGCUAUGAAGACGAGGAACGUUCCAGACUACUCUUAGUGGAAGGCUCCAUAGCUGAGAAAUGGAAGGAUCGUCUCGGUAAAAAAGUGAAGCGUUGGGACCAGAAGCUCCGUCAUCCUGCCAAAGGCAGAAAUGAACCUGGGCAAAGUGAUUCUGCUCCCAAAUCUGGGAGAAGCACCAAUCCACGGCAAAGGCGCAACUGAGAUGAAGAAUACGUUGAGGCCAAAACCAAUCCAUGGACUUGUAUAAAUUAAAAGACUUGCCUUCUUGAAGCAGCAAAAGAGAAAUUGCACUAUUGCACGUUGCCUUUUAUUGUUUACUAUGAGUUCAUUCUGUAGCCAAUGUUAGUGUUUUUUACCCUUCCCUUCCCUUGUUUUUUGUUUUUGUUUUUGCCUCUUGCAUUGUGUAGGAGUACAAACACUUGGAAAAGAAAGGUAUAUUAUAUUCACAAACAUCUAUCUGUGAAUUACAUUGACAAACAUUUUUCUUUUGUUGAAUGGCCAAGUUGAUUUCAUUGGAUGCUCAUGAUAAUUCUUUGUAUACUGUUCUUUCAGUCUAGAAAGCCACAAAUACUUUUCUUUAUAUGCAUAAACAAGUUGCCUGAAAGGACAUUUAAAAAAAAAACACACACCAAAUCCCACAAUUCUUAGGUUGUAUUAAAAAAUAAUUAAGAAUGAUUUAAAUUCCCCUGUAGUCAUAAAGGAGAAUGAGGUGAAUGUGAAGAAUAUCAGGACCCCACAUAUUAAGAAAAAUUAAGAUUUUAAUGGACAUUUUCUAAUAGAAAUAAAACUCCAAAAGGCAAAUGAGUUCUAAAAGUUGUUAUCUGGGAAACACAAGCUAUUUUUUACAAUUGGCAAGUGAAAAAAUUGAUCAAUUUUAAAGAAUUUUCCCCCUUUCUCCUUACUCAUAUUGAUACUCUCCAUGGUGGCCUAGAUUAUGCAAAGAAAUUAUACCAAGAGAAUUCAGCCUUUUAGAGUAGGUUUGCUAAUAAAUGUCAAUUCCGCUUCAAUAAACCACUUAUAUGAAGCUUUGUUUUAAAACAUUAGCCAUGACAAAGACCGCACAAAGGAUUUACUUUUGAAAGUCUUAAUCCUUCUGGGAAAAGUUGUAUAGAAUUGUUAAAUACCAAAGAUAUCCCUGACUUGUCCUCUGUUAACACUUCUCCCUCAUUUUCAUUGUUGCUAUGCUGAGUAAUAGGAAUACAGACCUGCAUCUCAGCGUAGAUCUGCAUUUUAUCAUUUCAGGCUGUCCUUUUGAUUGUAUUUCACUAUCUAUAUGCAACUGGAAUGUUUAAUGGUCAAUGUUGGGGAUCUGGAUGAAUGCUUCUGAGAAAGCUGAAAGGGUGGUCCUAUUAUUGGACUAAAACUUCCUACCAUGUUGGCUGUGGACAAUGGGAGUCUGAGUCUAACACUGCUGGAGAACCAUAGAGUCUUCCCCCUUAUCAGUCACAAAUAAAAGCAUCAACUUCCUUGAAAUCAGAGGACAUUUUAAACACCUUACAAUGCAUAUUUCCAUUCAAGUGCCAACCGAUCAUCCUAAUGAUCAGAUCUUUUAAGUCUUUUGUAGCAUUUCCAAUACCUUGAAGUUGUAAUUCCGA